AUGAGAAUUCUCAAUGAUAGCCACCAGGACACACCUCAAGAUGAGGAAAAGGAUGAGAAUUCUCAGCGAGAGCCCAUCGGAACAUGCCUACCAAGGGAGCACAGCACCAGCCAUGAGCAGCCAGCCAACAUGUCGCUUGUGGCUUGUGAGGAUGAUAAGAGAGUACCAAAUGCCCCUUUCACGUGCCUCACACAUGCCUACCUAUAUGGCUUGUCGGCUGAGUUGUGUACAUCCGCCUUCUUGGACGGUUACCUACAUGCUAAUACGGACGAUAAGGAGACAGAGAGGGGGUCAGCAUAUGAUUUUACCAGCAGUAGCAUGUAA